GUUUGAAUAUGCAUCAGAUCACUCUCUGAAAUUAAACGUGUAGUCAGCGCUUAGCCAAAGGCGUGCAAAGCAGUGGUAGCACCUACUGUCUGUUUCUUGCCCAGUUCGGAGGCCACCAUGGAUAACAUUCCCAAAAAUUCUAUACCAGCCAGUCACUUAACUAUAAAGCGUCUCCUUGGCAAGGGUGGCUUUGCAGCAGUAUACGAAGGUAGUUAUGAGCGUCCUGGGGCUCCAAGGGAGCUGGUCGCCAUUAAAGUGUUGCAGCCAGCGCAGUCUGGCAGCAGUAUCAGCGAGGAGGAGUACGCGCAAAUGUUUCUCCGCGAGGCUGCUUGUACAAAGCAACAAGAGCACCCGCAUAUCAUACGUUGCUAUGGUGUUUGCCUGAUUCCGGCGAACCACCCCGGCAUUACUGGGCUUUGCAAACCAGCUUUGGCGAUGGUCUUGGAGCUUGCAGAGCCGUACACCAUCAAGAAACUCAUCCUUCAGAACAUGACAGAGAACCGGCGCACCUACACCAACCUGCAAGCAUACGACUGGCUGAUACAGAUAGCCUCCGCGCUAGCGCACCUGCACAGCAACCGUCCAGCCAUCAUCCACCGCGACCUCAAGCUAGACAACGUGCUGCUGAAGCGCAGCACCGUCCCACGGGUCGGUGGGGGCCGACCCGCAAAGGUGCUGGAAGCGCGGCUGGCCGACCUGGGCCUACAUGUGGUGGCCGAGUCGGACCGCUCCGUACUGCUGCGCCGCAAAGCACCAACCGACAGCGCCAACCAAUCCGCACACAACCGAUCCGUACGCAGCACGACAUUGUCUGGGAGCGGCAGCGUUACACCGGGUGCCGGCGGAGGCGGUGGCGACUUGGACAAGGGCCGAGAGACGCCGUUCCUGGCCAUUACGAAUGUGAUGCGUGAUGAUCUGGCUACGGCGGUGACAGCGGCGGCAACCAAGAAUAACCAACAAGCAACUGGAAGCAGAGUUGCAACGGGUGCGGUGGGUACGGUAACCGCCAUGGACGGAGGCGGCGACGUAGCUACGGGAACCGUCGUCGUGCGCGCACUGCGCGCGGGUGGACCCAUGGGUCGGCACGGCUGCGGCGGCGUCGCACCUAGUGACGACGGCGGAAGUGACAUUUCCGAGCCGGUUUUGUACGACAUUGAGGCGAUGUGUACGGCGCACGACAGCGCUGCGGUGGGGACGCCAGUUGGCGGGGCGUCGCCUCCGGCGCUGACAUCAGCGGCCGCGGGGUUCAGCCGACUCAGCAAGAAAUCUGGUGGCGGCGGCGGCGGUGGCGGUCGCCCGCUGUCUUCAAGCAGUCUUGUCACAGAAAAGCGGCCUCACCCUCGCGCCACCGCCUCCAACAAGGUCAUGCCGCUACGUGAUGCCAUGGGUGCAUGGCAACCGUCCUGCAGUGGCGAUGUCCAGACCAGCAGGAGGGGAACCGGCGACGGGGGUUCCCCGCCGCCAGACUCUGCACCGCUACCGCCGCCUUCCUCUUCACCGCCCUCCACAUCCAGUCCUACCUCACCCGGAAGGGAUGUCACCCUCCUUCUCCACAGCCAGCCACUGCCUUCACCAUCACCGCCACAGCAGCAGCCCUUCCCACUAAAACCGCCUUCAGUGUCGUCGCUGCCGCCGCUGCAGCGGAUGCCACAAGCACAGGCAGCAUCGCCCGGUGCCUUAACCGUGCAGGCAACACCUCAAGCCAGCGCUGUAUCACCCCUGGCCUCCAGCUGCAUCUCUGCUGCCGCCGCCGCCGCCGCUAGUGGAGGUGACUGCAACAUGCCCGUCAUUGGCGGCGGCGGCGCCGUAAGCACUGCCUUAACAGCGGGGCAAAGCGCCACGGUCGCCUUCUCCCUGUCCUCUUCCUCGUCCUUUCUCCCACCGUCAAUCACCAACACCGCCUGCACCAGCAGAGUGUCCAGCGUUGCAGGAGCCAGAACCGCCAGCGUCGCCGCGCCAGCAACCGCCACAUCAAUAGCACUGCUUACACCCACGACCUCCGAAGCAGUCUCCUGCAACCCCAUAACUCACUGCAACACGGCCGCAGCACCUGCUACUGCUACUGCCAUUGCUACUGCUGCGGUGGCUAUGGGCGCCGCUGUACCGCUUCCCUUCAGCCCCUUCGCCCGCCCCUCCUCUCGGUCGAUCGGGGCCGACUCACCCCACCAGCAACCCAAGCCAGCAGCCCAACAGUUCCCAAGAUCUCCCCACCCGCUUUCCUCACAAGCUUCUCCUCAUUCUGACGCUGCAGGAGCACAGGCAUCGCAGUCACCACAGCAGCAGCGCCCCUACCUGCGCGCGACGUCGCCCCCACAGCUGCAGCAGCCGCAGCCGCAGUGUCAGGAGGAGCAACAGCAGUCAAGUGAGCAAAAGCAGCAGCAACAGCCAGAGGCUGCCUCCCAACCGCUGCCGGCCCGCUGUCUAGCUUCUUCGACUCGGAGGUCGCCUUUCCAGCCGCAGCCUGCAACUGGUACUGGG